GUUUAUUUUUAUGUUUGUGAUUGCCAAUCAUACUUCAGUGCUAAUAUACAGAUUGUAUACAUGAACUUUAAUUUCUGAAGAGUGGUGAUGAUUUAAUAAUGGCCCAAUGAGCAUUACGUGAAACAAGAUAUUUGGAAACCAACCAGGAUUAAAAUGUGAUGAACGGCAAACAAAGACGGCCACUAUGCUUUGGGAAAUUAUGUAUUAAAACGAAGCUAUUCAAAUUACGCGGGAUGAAAUCCUUACAAUUUACAUUAUAAUAAUAGACCAAUUUCUGAAAGUUCGGGUGAUUGUUUCGGAUAGUAAUCAAUUUUGGAAACAGAAAACCCCAUUUUCCUCGACAUCUUUUUCCCCAGCGAAACGGCACUUUUAUAUCGGUUACGCAAUAAACUAUCAGAUCAUAGCACACAUAAAAUUAAACAGCUGUUCUGAGCGCAGUGAUAGUGCUAUCUAUGCUGCUUACCAACUAGUGAUGUAUACCCCGCGGAAAACAAAUUGCUUGAUUUUACCCUAUGACUGGAUGAUUUGUCGUGGAUGCAAGAGGGAAAAUCUUCAAUUUUCAUAAAGCUUUAAUCGGUUUGGUCCAUCUCGAAUGGUACGAAACAAUAUUUAAUAUAGUGAAAUAAUCUGGGAUACAUGACACAAGAGGGGAUUUAUGACGUGUUCACGGGUCCAUCGAAUUCAUCGUGGGCUCAGACUGGGGCAGCGACCAGCUUAAGCGAUCUUGUGUUUCUUACGGAUGGAAUGUUAGAGGGCAACAAGCUAAACAGCGCGUUUGUGCAAGCGCGUGGCGUGACUACGACAUUUCAAAUGUUCGUGAACACGACCGCAUCUUUGAACGAUCUGCAGUUUCUGCAUGAGACCAAACAUCCUGUGAUAGGCGUGAUUCUCGCCAUGUUUUCCUUCAUAACAGUUCUCGGAAAUUUACUUGUGAUAGCCGCGGUGGUGAAGGAGUUAUACCUGCGAACGGUGACUAACUAUUUAAUCGUGUCACUCGCGAUUGCCGACGUGAUGGUCGGCGGAAUAGUGAUGCCUUUCAGUAUUAGCUACGAGCUUAACAACCAGGUCUGGUAUUACGGAACGGCCUGGUGCGACCUAUGGCAUUCGUUUGACGUCCUCGGGAGUACGGCGUCGAUCUUAAACUUAUGCAUAAUAUCUCUGGACCGGUACUGGGCAAUCACGGACCCGAUCGCGUAUCCCACCCGGAUGUCGCCCUGCCGAGUGUGGGUCCUCAUCGCGUUCGUGUGGAUCUGUUCCGCCGGUAUUUCGUUUCCGGCUAUAGCCUGGUGGAAGGCAGUAACGCCAGUUGCACUGUCUAGCAACCAGUGUGUAUUUACGGAGGACAGCGCGUAUCUCAUUUUUUCGUCCAUGGUUUCAUUCUAUUUUCCGACCAUCGUCAUGAUAUUCGUCUAUAUUCAAAUCUAUCGCGCGGCGAGGAAUCAGCGAAAGAGCAUUGAGACCGGGACCAAAGUGAUGACCUCCAAUCGGCUAUUCGGAGGCAGCAGUGUGAUGACGCUUCGCAUCCACCGUGGUGGCAUGGCGAAGCUUCGCUCUCCGGCGGCGGCACCGGAAGCGACCCCAUUUCAGAAAAACAGCGAAAGCGACGAGGACAAUGCGUCGAUGGUUUCAAGUAUUCAGACGCCGAUUCACGAUAUGCCGUCGGAAGAACUUGACAAACAUCACGACGACGUCAAUCAAAGCCACCACAACAAUCACCACCAGCACCACAAUCAACGGCCAAUGAAAUUUAUAACGAAGCGAUUACGGCACCUUGCGCUAAGCAAGAAAUUAUCAAAACUGGCUAAGGAGCAAAAAGCCGCUAAGACGCUAGGAAUUGUGGUCGGCGUCUUCAUAAUCUGCUGGCUCCCGUUCUUCGUCGUAAAUGUUCUGUUAGGGAUCUGCAGUGCAAGCUGCGUGCAUAAACCGGAUGUUAUUAUGCCCGUGUUUACGUGGUUUGGCUACAUUAACUCUGGCGUGAAUCCUAUAAUCUACGCUCUGUCAAUGAGGGAUUUCCGGCGCGCUUUUGGAAGGAUUGUCUUCUGCUGCUGUCCGAAAUACCGCUUCCAGGGCAGACGGCGCGCAAAAACGUGCAGAACUAAUUUCACUUCUUCGAGUUUCAUGGGAUCAGCGUUGCUAUAGCAAGCGUGGCAUUAAUUAUCAAAAGUGUUUUGUUUGUCCCAACGUACAACGUUCUUUUUUGUCACGACUGUUGAUAAAUUCUAAUGGAAUAACAUUCUAAUAACACACGUUGUCGAUUAUUGUAUAAUGAAUACGCUCUAUAUUUGUUUACGUAAUGCAUGCUAAAAUAAUUUGAACUCUUAAAAUAUUCAUUUUAUUAUAAUACGAUUUUAAUUUAUUCUCAUGCCGCAAAAUAUUUUUACACAUGUUGUUAAAAUGUGAUUAAUUAUUGAGAGAAAUAAUAUAUUAUUUGUGAAUCAGUGAGAUUGUGUGCCAUCUUACUAUGAAUUUAUAAAACCAUAUAAAUUUUUCUUGUUUUUUUUUUAAUGUAGUUCUUUUUAUUUCAAUUCAUCUAAAUUUCCAAUAAUAUUAUUAUGUGUAUUUAGAAUUGUUUGUGUGUAUUACAUUGCUAAACAUAAACAAAGAAAGCAUAUUUUGAACUUGGACUUAUACGCAAAACUAUGUUUAUACCAAUGAAUAGAAAUGGUUAUCCAAAAUUAUUUAAUUAUUACAUGUUUUUUUUUAUAUUUGUGUAUGUAUAUUGAAUAUUGGUAAACAUAUACACGGUAAGCAUAUUUCGAACGUGAAAUAACACGCAUAAAUCUGUAUAAUAUACCAAUGGAAUAUGAAUCGUUUGGAAACAAAAUAAAUAAUUGAAACGGUCGAGUUCAUUAGAAAAAUCAUUAGUGUACCUUUUUGGAAUAGCAAAUAACUGCAACAAAUUAUUAAUAAGACCGUACCUCGUUUACGUACGUCAUAUAUAAUUGUUUGAAAAUAACGUAUCACACAAUAUAUUUGUAUAUUUAAUCAGGAAUAAUAUUUAGCGGCAGAGAAAGUGUACUAAUUCGACUUUCAACAAAUAAACAUCUUAACAAUUUACGUGUUUGUAUAAUAUCCGACAAAAUAUUUUUUUCUUAGGACCAACUUUUCCGUUUUAAUAGGAUCUAAUUAGUGUAGCUGCAAAUACUUAAUUUGCAAUACGAUUUAUUAUUGAUGGCGAAUCGUUUACAACUAUUUAAAGUCUACACAUUCGCACCCAAUUUCUGUUCUUUAAAUUUGAAUAUAAACAUCUAACGAAAAAUAAGAUAAGAAGCAGGGGACCGUUUCAUAAACGAUCGUACAACUAUUUUAACUUAUGUGAGAAUUUUGUAAUCUUAAUAAGUAGACGAACUAGCUCGCCAUGCUCGUCAAAUAUAUACGGCGCUUGAGAUGCCAAUGUAAUUGUACUGCAAAUGUUCAAUCAUAUGAUAUGGACUUUAGCAAUUAUGUAUCUUCGAAAAAUGUAUCGUAUCGUAAAUGUGUACUACGAUGUUUAUUGAAACGGUCCCCUGGUUGUUGCUAAACAUGUUGCUAAGUCUUAUAAAUGGCGCUUCAUUGUGUGAUCUAUUUACAUAUACAAUUUUGAUUAUACUGUUUGCUAUUUGAUUUCCUUUCC